AUGUUCAGGACGUCUCUUCUUCGUGCCGGUGGAGUGGUUGCCAGGGCCAACGGUGCCCCCUGCAAGCUCAAUGGCUCCCUGAGGACCAUGGCAGGUGGAGCGCAGUCGAGGACUUCUGCGUUGGGCACUCUUGACGAAGUGACUCCCAUGACAGGAGGAGGAUCUGCUGUCCCCGUUCAGGACAAUGUGGAGUACGCGAUUUCUCGUGUAGACGAUUUGGUGAAUUGGGCUCGCAAGGGGUCCGUGUGGCCCAUGACGUUUGGUUUGGCGUGUUGUGCCGUGGAGAUGAUGCACGCCGCGGCGUCUCGUUACGAUAUGGAUCGAUUUGGAAUGGUCUUUCGAGCAUCUCCUCGUCAAUCCGACGUUAUGAUUGUCGCGGGAACUCUCACCAACAAGAUGGCGCCCGCCUUGAGAAAGGUCUACGAUCAAAUGCCCGAGCCUCGUUGGGUGCUGUCCAUGGGAUCUUGUGCCAAUGGAGGCGGAUACUAUCAUUACUCCUACUCGGUCGUUCGAGGCUGUGAUCGCAUCGUUCCGGUCGAUAUUUACGUGCCUGGAUGUCCUCCUACGGCAGAAGCACUCUUGUAUGGAUUGAUUCAGCUGCAAAAGAAAAUCAAGGGAAACAAGGCAUUGUUGCUUCGUUUGAGAAAGUAA